UAUAGGACGUAAACAAAAAACCGAUAUUAUUGUUUAGUGAAUUUUAAUUACUCUGCCGACUGUUAUUUUGUUUACAAACAUACUAGAGAAAGGUGUUUUCCGCAACUAAACCGAAGUGUCGAAUAGGAGACGAAUAAGCUAUUCUUAAAAUGGAUUCAUUUUCAUGAAAGGAGUGAGAGGAUUAACAGCUCAAGGAAUACGUAUCCAAGUACAAAGCCCUCGAUAUGAUUAGUGAUUACAACAAUCCGUACUUCUAUCAAACUCCUCCCAAAGCUAACAACCCCUUCUUAGGCUACCAAUACCCGGCUGAAGAUCAUGAGAUGAAAUAUGGUAUUGGUGCUUAUCCAGAGCAGGUGUGCGAUUAUCCGCCUGCUGCGUGUUUUCCUUAUCCUCCAGCUUACGUUCCUGUUCCGAGUCCAAACUUUCCACCAGAACAGUGUAAAGUGGACUAUGUAGACCCACCCAUCGUAAAAUAUGAAUACCAGGAGCCUGAAGAAAACUUCAUCUCAAUCGAUGAACUGCAAUAUAAUCCGACCCUGUUGAAGAUGAUUCUCCCAGAAAAGAUCGAGCCUGAGAAAAUCAAACAACAAAUUAAAGCCGAAAAGUCUAGGAGACAGGGGCUGGCCCAAAAACAAGCAACACCUGUGAAGAUUAAAGCAGAACCUCCCGAUGAUUGGCUUCCGAUAAGCGAGAAUACCGUGAACGAAAGAAUUCAACCGGAAACAGCUGCCUCCGAAUCCCCUGAAAUCCCAGUACUUAGUGCAGUCAAACUCGAGCGAGAUGGGAGCCCUUCCAAUACGUUUCCGGAAGAGUUUCCCGGUCAGGUGCAAAUCAAAACAGAACCUCAAUACAAAUUUUCUAUCCUUGACGAAAGCGACGAAGAAAUAGACGAGAAUGAACAAGGCGUGGAGUUUAAUUGGAUGGAUCUCGAGGAGCAGGAGAAACAGGAGUUUGAAUGUUGUUACUGUGCAAAGAAGGUUUCAUCUAGUUACAAUUUACGGAGGCAUAUGAUGAUUCAUACCGGCGAUCGACCUUUCGGAUGUGACAUUUGCCUGAAACGUUUUCGAGAAUUUAGUGACCUGAAAAAGCACCGUCGUUCCCAUCGAAAUCAUCCCGACUAUAAAUGUUUAAUAUGCCGAAAAAAUAUUUCCAACGAUAAAGAUGGUGUAAAAUGUAUUUCGUGUAGUAAGAAAAAAGUCUCACCAUAUGGAAACGACUACCUCGAAGAACUACCAAUUAUUGAAGGUUUCGGUGAUAAAAAAUCAUUCGUUUGUCCAGAUUGCGGUCGCAUAUUUGGAAGUCGCCAUAACUUGCGUCGGCAUUAUAUGAUCCAUACAGGAGCGAAACCUUAUCCUUGUGAUGUGUGUGAGAAAUGUUUUCGAGAAGUUAGCACCUUGAAGAAACAUAUGUUAACGCACUCGAGAAUGAAGCUAUUCAAAUGUCUUGUAUGCGAUCGUGAGUAUAAUGACUACCAAGCGUUUGUUAGACAUAAAAAUAGUCACGGUGACGAUUGGAGAGAAUCUGAGAAGAAACUUGCUGGCAAUGAAGAUGGUGAUGAUGAAAAGGAUGGUGAAGAUUUUUUGUUUGAAUGUAAUGAUUGCCAUAAGCGCUUUUCCGAUGUUUCGGUUUAUAAAAGGCACUUGAGAAUACAUUCCCAUUAUUUUACAUUCCAAUGUUAUAUCUGUAAAAUGACAUUCAAGAAAUGCGAGAAGUUGAACAGUCAUAUGGUAACGCAUGGUUUUGAUGCCGGUGACGCCGAAUGAUAAAUAAGAACAAUGUCAAAAAUGUACAGAUUUAUAACAUUAGAUUGAAAAUGGUGGUUUUUCGUUGAUCUUGCUUAAUGCAAUUUAAAUAAUUUUAGCUGAUCUCGUCUUUUCUAGUAUUUUACAAAGUGUGGUUAUAAUUUAUGUCGAAUGCUUAUGAAAAGGCCAAAUUGAUAAUUUAAGGGGAAAAUCACAUUAGGGAAUUUUCAGAAUCCAUUUUGUUAUUGUUUAGGUCGAGAACUUAGAUAUCUCAGAAUACAUUACACAAAUUUCAAAGCGAAAUUCGUUUUCCUUUAGAUUUUAUGAGCGUAGAACCGAGCGAUCACUGGAUACAGGUUCAGACUCGAACGCUCAGGAAGGAGUCACUUUAUAUCCUUACGUAAUAUUGCUAACUCUAUGUGAAUCGCGUAUUUACAAUUACUUGAGUCAAUUACUUCUACGAGUGCAUUUGUUUUUUUUUGUGUAACUGUAUUUUGUUUGUAAUCACGAGUGGGAAAUGCCUUUUUAUGCGAAAGGCAAGCAAUUUUUUUUUUCAAACGCGUAUUUUUCAAAAUGAUAUUUUUCACAUUUACGGCAAUUCUAACUC